UCACUAAAGCUGACUGUAGAGGAAAAGAAUUACUGGAAGUUUUGCAUGCUUAAUGUCAGGGUUGUACCAGAUGCACUUCGAAAGUAUUUUGACGGUCGUAUACCACCUGCAAACCUGGCUACCACAAUCAACCAAAACUCCACGACAAUUGUUAAUCUUGUUAACAGACGAGUUAUAAAUUUAGCCCAGCUUGAUAUAUUGCAGAGAAUACCUGGCACAAUAUGGCCACCAAGAUGUCUUGCAGUACCAACUGGAUCUAGUGCUACUUCUUCAGCAGAUUUUGACGUUACCUUGAUGGUGUGUUUACUGAGGAAUAUACCAUUACCAGGGAUAUAUCAACCUGCUUCCGGAUGGGAUAAUUUACCUAUUCCUAGUGACAAAUCGCCAGGUGCUUACCUUUCAAGAAUAAAGUACUAUCGAAAUGCGAUAGCACAUUCAACUGAAAACAAAUUGAACACAUUGGAUUUUCAGGGCAAAUGGAAAACAAUCAGCGAGGCAAUAACAUUCUGUAAUGGUGGGCAUUGUCCGAAUGCAAUUAUGGAAAUUUUGCAUUGCGACUUGGAUGGUUCGCAGAAUGGUGUAAAUGUUACUUGCUUAAUGACAGAGAUCGAAGCUGUUAAAGGGGAUCUCCAAAGGACUGAACUUCAACUAGAGAAUGUCCAAAGUGACUUUCACUUUUAUAAGGAUGGGCACUUGCCAAAAAACAUUGCAGACAACAUUAAUGAGCUAAUCAACAAAUGGAGGAUAGAAGAUAAACCCUUUUUCUUUACUAGAGCAGGAAAACUGGUAUACGAUAUGUUAGAAUCUGAAAAUAUUGUCAUGAUAAUUGGACAAUCAGGCUCUGGUAAAUCAGCAACAGCUCGACAUAUAGCAUUAAAAUGGAUUUCAAACGGUUACGAUGUUGUUUCAGUGGAAUCUGUUGAACAAAUAUUGGGAUAUAGAUGCAAAGGAACGAAACAAAUCUUUGUGAUAGAUGAUGCAGUUGGGAAAUAUUCAGUAAACGGAUCUUAUGUCAAUCAGUGGGAAAGGCUAGAUUCGAAACUGACAACGUUAUUUGAUGACGAUAACGCGAAACUUAUUUGUACAUUACGGAAGGUUGUGGCUAUUGAUUCAAAAUUCAAGGCAUCAAAAACGUGUUUGAGUGAAAAAGCUUAUAUCGUUGAUUUAGACCAUGAAGACAACUGUCUUCUGUUGGAGGAGAAAAUGUCAAUUUUGAAAAAUCAUUUGAUUAGCACUGACAGACAAAAUGAUAUAAGCGAUGAGGAAUGUAAAGACUGUUGUAAAGGUAACUUUGCCUUUCCACUAUUAUGCCAUGUUUUUACAACAAGUAAUGGCCUCUUUCUGCGCAAAUCUGAUUUCUUUCAAAAGCCGUUUAACUAUUUGAAUGAUGAAAUAACAAAAUUACAUCAGCGAAACAAAGAAGUCUAUUGUUCAUUAGUUACAUGUAUGAUAUUUUCUGGGAAGUUGAAAGUAAAAUUGUUUUCUCUUUCUGAUGAUUCCGACGAAGAACAAGAGAAAAGCGGGCGUAUAAUUGGUAUGAUAGCUGAAGCGUGUGGCCUAAAUAGAAAUAUUUCCAGACAGACAUUACUUGAUAGUUUGCUCUCCGUUGAAAGCGUAUAUGUAAAAUCAUAUUGCGGAGUGAUAAGUUUUCUACACGACUCUUUCCUAGAAGCUAUUAGUUUUCACUUCUCAAAGGUGAAUCCAUAUGUAUUUUUAGAAUGUUGUGAUAUUGCAUUUUUGAAGGAAAGAGUUAGGGUGAUUUCAUCACAGGUAAACGACGAUGAAAAUGUAAUUGUAUUAAACGAUGAGUCAUUCGGACUUUUAGCAAAUCGAUUUAUUGCAGAACUGAAGGCAGGGGAGUUCAUGGAUGUAUUAUGCAGCCAUCCAAUUAGGAAUGAGAAAUUUAUCAAAGUGAUGGGCGCUAUUAUCGACGGUGGACAACUGAUAACCCGACAAAAGCUUGUGGAAACGGAAAUCUCCUGUGUGGCUUAUAUAAAAUGGAAGCAUUUUGAUCCUAUAUAUAAACAAGAAGACAAUGUAGAAGCAGUAGCAGCAAUCAUGGAAAUUUUCCCGGCUGGUAAAACAUUAUUACAUUGGCUCAUAGCCACUGGCUGCAAUUAUUUCGUAGACUUUUUUUUUAAACGAAUGUCACGAAAGCAACAAAACAAAUACAUUCGAUCAGAUAAGUCUAUUUUCUCACUAGCUUUAUUAGGCGGUUGCAAAGAAAUCAUUCAAUCAAUGCUUGAAAAAGGUGCAAAUGUUAAUUCUCUUGAAAGUCAGUAUGCUUUAAAGAAACUAGUUAUUAAUGGCAGAGAUACCAAAUUAUUAGAAUGUCUUAAGUAUUAUGGAAUUGGAAUGCACUUCAUCGACUAUCAAAGAAAAUCGCUGCUUUUUUAUGCAAUAACGUCUAAAAAUCUGAAAAUUCAGACAUUUUUAGUUGAAGAAGAUUCACAGCAACACGCUUUACAUGAGGCUGUUUUUUAUUCAAAUACUGAAAAGCUAACUAAUCUUCUUAGUAGUCACGGCAUUAAUUUGGUUUCAAAUAACGGUUGGUCGGUUAUGCAUUUUGCUGCAUAUAAAAACGACAUCGCAAUGAUGGGAAUUAUAUUUGAAACCGCGAUGAAAAAUGAAUUAUCUGUUUUGGACAAAAGAGACAAGAUUGGCUGGAGUCCUCUUCAUUUAGCUUCUAUCUUAUCUAAUUAUAAAGCAGUUGAUUUUCUUAUGAGCAAAGGUGCUAAUGCUAGUUCAAUCGACAAUGACGGAAAAACACCUCUACAUAUUUCAGGCAAUGAACAGAUAACCAGUUCUUUAUUGCAAUACAAUCGUUGUUCAAUUGAAAUGUCGACUAGAACUGAACGUCAUUCAACUGAAUUACGACACCAGCACACAACAAACAAUACGAACGAUAUAAAUAAAACGAAAGACAUAGCAAUAGAUAUCGAAGAUGUUCAUACUGAAAUGGCAAACACACUCUUCUUCUCGAUUAAAUUCAUUGGGGAAAACAACAUUGAAUUUAAGCAAGAUGAAGAUAAAAAUUGGAAGCCACAUAAAAUUCAAAAUAUUGGAAAACUUGAUUUUUAA